AUGGGGCGAGCAAGAGGCGACCAACUCUCAUAUCUCCCUCCUCCCGUCUCUUCUUAUCAGCAGCAGCACGAGAUGGAGUUCUGCCCCACAUGCGCCAACAUGCUGCUGGUGGAGCAGGCGCACAUGGGGCGAGAGGCGAGGUUCUUCUGUCAGACGUGCCCCUAUGUGUAUGGCAUCACCAGGAAGAUUUCAAGGCGGCAACUGGUGGUGCAAAAGGAGGUGGAUGACGUGUUGGGAGGGGAGAACGCAUGGAAAAAUGUCGACAAAACCGAAGGGUCUGUUCACCCUGCCGCAUUCUCUUCUAUCCACUCAAAGCUCCCUGAGGCCCCAUUGAUGCGGAGCCGCAGUCAUCUUGUCGGUCACGAGCGCAUCGCGCAGCGCAUUGCACGCGGGCGGAAACAUGGCGCGCGCAUGCGGAUCUGCGCAUAUCCAAGUGCUGCUCGUUCUCCUCGCGCUUCUCGUCGCCCCAUCCCUAGGCAAGUCGCCGCCGCCUCCGCCCCACAGCCCCCCCCCGCCCCACAAGCCCCCUCCUCCCCACAAGGCCUCCCCUCCCCCCGACGCCUCCCCUCCAACCAGCGCCUCCCCCCCAACCAAGUCCUCCCCUCCCCCAACCAAGGCCUCCCCGUCCCCUCCUCCCCCAGUCGCGGCACCCGCUCCGGAGCCUACUCUGUCCCCCUCCCCAACGCCCGCGCCUUCCCCAACGCCCGCGCCUUCCCCAACGCCCGCGCCUUCCCCAACGCCCGCGCCUUCCCCAACGCCCGCGCCUUCCCCAACGCCCGCGCCUUCCCUUACGCCCGCGCCCUCACCGGCACCCGCGCCCGCGUUCGUCGAUUCACCCGUCGCUCCGCCCAUCGCUCCGCCCAUCGCUCCGCGCAUCCCUCCCCCUGCCCCCACUCCAUCCUUAACCCCCGUUCCCCCGCCGACGCCAUCCCCGGAGAUCCCCCCCCCCACGCCGCCCCCCGUGAUUUCUCCGGCCGCGCCAACCCCCGAGGUUUCCCCGCCCGCGCCAUCCCCAGUUGA